AGCUGGUUGGUUACGAUGGGCGGUGACGUAGGGGCGCUUUGUGGCCGGCAGAAGAGAGCUCGCUAGGAUUAGCAGUCUGCGCUUGCUGUUGUCUCGGUGUGGAAUCUCGGAGCUGUUGCAUUAAUAUCGAACAGCAGAAUGGAGGCCCAGGACCCAAGCAGCUACUACCUGCUUCAACCAGCCCAACCAUACUAUCCAUUUUCAUACCAUCAAAUGAUGAACGUGCCUUCAAAUAUGGAUCUUGGAAACGAGCAGCAGACUCUACAUCCUCUAACUGGUGUUCCAGCCCACGAGCUGCAGGCCUUCUCUGGGAUGGCUGCUAAUGAACCUCAAGUUCUCCAUACACUGACUGGAGUGCCAGCCCAGGAACCUGUAAAUGGAGAGAUGCCAAUCCCAGAGAUGAUUCCAAAUCCUGCUGAAGAACCCACAACAGGCAAACGAAAAAGGGGCAAGGCUCCAUCAGAGCCAAAGCCAAAGAAACCAGCUGCAAAGAGUGCAAAAGCUCCAAAAUCAGGGAAGCAAGAGAAGAUCACAGAUGCUUUUAAAGUUAAAAGAAAAGUGAAUCGAUUUAAUGGGGUCUCUGAAGCUGAACUCUUGACCAAGACUUUGCCAGACAUUCUGACUUUCAACUUGGAUAUUGUAAUUAUUGGCAUCAAUCCAGGUCUCAUGGCAGCAUACAAAGGCCAUCAUUACCCGGGCCCAGGAAACCACUUCUGGAAGUGUCUAUUCUUGUCUGGACUGAGUGACAAACAGCUUAAUCAUCUAGAUGACCAUUCACUUCCAGAAAAAUAUGGUAUUGGGUUUACUAAUAUGGUGGAGAGGACGACACCAGGGAGCAAGGACCUUUCAAGCAAGGAAUUUAGAGAAGGAGGGAGAAUUCUUUUAGAAAAGCUGCAAAAAUAUAAACCUCGGAUAGCCGUAUUCAAUGGAAAAUGUAUUUAUGAAAUUUUUAGUAAAGAAAUAUUUGGGGUAAAGGUUAAAAAAAUCGAUUUUGGAAUCCAGCCACACAGAAUACCUGAGACUGACACUAUUUGCUAUCUGAUGCCCUCAUCAAGUGCUCGAUGUGCACAGUUUCCAAGAGCUCAGGACAAAGUCCAUCACUACAUUAAGCUAAAGGAACUCCGAAACCAGCUCAGGGGAGUAGAAACUAACAGAGAAAUUCAAGAAGUGCAGUACACAUUUGACCUGCAGUUGGCACAAGAGGAUGCAAAGAGACAAGCUAUAAAAGAGGAAAAAUAUGACCCCGGUUACAAUUCUGCCCUUGGAGAACAAUUCAAUGAGCAGACAACAAGCGGAGAAAGUGGAAUGUGCAACUUCUCAACAGACGCCACAGUACCGAGCAAUGCAGAGUUUAAUGGGCAAGCUCAGAAUGGACAGUGGAUUCCCCAGCCUAUUGCUGAGCAGAUGUCAACUUAUAACCACAGUGGUGACCAACAGCAAGGAGGCAGCAACGCUUGAAACUGCUCCGAGUUCCAAGCUAUGCACAAACACACUGCAGUUUUAUUGCAGUCCCAAGGAACCGAACCUCAGUUAUGUAACUGAAGCCUUUCUUUUAGUUUUUACAUUUUACCUCUCAUUUUUAUUCUAGUGAAAUAUUUAGAUGUAGCUCUUACCUGAAAUUAGGUAGUUUUAAUGAAUUAUACUACAUUUUUUUUAAUGAGAAAAGAAAAAAAAAUUAGAAUAGUGUUUUUCGGGGUUUUUUUUUUGUACAUCUGUUUUGUAUUUAACUUCAACUGUGCAAUGCAGUUAUUCCCAAACUGCAUGUUUUGAACCUUUUGAUAAAAUGCUUGACACAAGGCGGCUGCCACUUGGAAUUCAACAGGUGGAGCCUUUGUUUGGAUAUAUAUUAAGUAGGGAUGCAGCGAAUCCAGGAUUCGGCCUUUUUCAGCAGGAUUUGGCCGAAUCCUUCUGCCCGGCGAACCGCAUACAAAACAAGGAAGUAAAAAGGGUUUUCCCUUUCCCACCCCCAAUAUGCAUAUGCAAAUGAUUCAUCUGAAUCUUUCGCAAAGGAUUCGGGGGUUCGGCCGAAUCCAAAAUAAUGGAUACGGUGCAUCCCUAAUAUUAAGAUGGGUGCUAUAUUGUAAGGGCAUCACUUAUACUGGAUAUUUGAACUACAUGUUCUAUCUGGUUCAGUAGGAUGUAGUUUGCUGGGCUGAAGAUAAUGAGAGUUAUAGGGAAUGACAGUAGAGCAGCCAUGAUGUAUAAACAUACAGCAGAUUCACAUAGUAGUAUUUGACUGGACGUCUAGUUUGUAGCCUGUCCAAGGAAACAACUGCAACUUUUAGAAGAUGCUAAAAGCCACACUCCGUGGGAAGGGGCUGGGUAUUAAAGAUGUACAAUAGUUUGUAGGAGCACAGUUUAGACAUUCCUGGAGUAGCCUCUGUGUUUUGAAGAAAACUAUACCCCCCAAACAAUGUAGGUAGGUCUCUAUAAAAAGAUAUUGCAUAAAACAGCUCAUAUGUAAAACCCUGCUUCAUGUAAAUAAACCAUUUUCAUAAUAAAAUACUCUUUUAGUGCCAUUGGGUAAUCCUAAAUAGAAAAUUGCCAUUCUAAAAAAUAAGGGCCGUCCUUAUUAUCCUAGGAUUCACGGUGCACACAAACAAACAUACAUGUUAGGUCACAUGAGCCAAUUAACAGACAGUUGUGUCUUUUGCUUCCACACUUCUUCCUGUUACAGUUGUAAUAUUUGUGGUCAGGUGAUCUCUGAGGCAGCACACAGACCAUCACGAAAUGGGGGUUCAAUGAUGUAAGAGAGCAAUAUUUACUUAAAUAUAUAUUCCAGUUUGGUAAGAUUCUUUAAUAUGCCACUUAAUUUGAUCGGUUCAUUUUGGGGGUAUAGUUUUCCCUAUAGAGUGAAAUGCCGCAGAAUGAGUGAAAUGUCCUACAUACUAUGUUUCUCUUAUUUACUAGUCCUACAAAAGUCUUCUGUGUACUUGAAAUAUAUAUAUAUAAAUAUAUAGCAGAAUAAUUUAAAA